CAACCCCGAAAUACUAGGGCUUCCGCCCCCGCCUUCCUAACCUACUAUAAAAGCACUCUCAGUUUGUUAAUAAAAUCCGUUACUUUACCACUCGCCGUCUCUCUCACUCUCUCUUCCUUAUCAUCAAAACCAGCUAACGAUCAAAAAUGUCUGACGGAUCAGUAGAAACGAAAACAAAGCUUGAUUCUUCCGGAGAGUCAUCUGACGUCGAUAACGAGAACUGCAUUAGCAGUGGAAGUGGAAGUAGUGGAGGCGAAGCGAAGCGGACUUGCGUUGAUUGCGGAACAUUCCGAACUCCCCUUUGGCGCGGUGGCCCUGCCGGACCUAAGUCGUUGUGCAAUGCGUGUGGGAUCAAGAGCAGGAAGAAGAGGCAAGCUGCUCUCGGGAUCAAACCAGAGAAGAAAAUCAGAAAAAGCAUCAUCAUCACCAGUGAUACUAGUGAUGUAAGCCUUGAAGAUGAUGAUGAUCACAGCAGCAGCAGCAAAGGAAUAAUGAGUAGAUUUUUGGAUUUAGGGUUUAAAGUUCCGGUGAUGAAGAGAUCACCGGUUGAGAAGAAGAAGAGGCUGUGGAGUAAACUCGGCGAGGAAGAGAGAGCCGCCGCCGUGCUUCUCAUGGCUCUCUCUUGUGCCUCCGUUUAUGCUUAAAAAACGAUGAAGAAUAAUAAAAGCUUUCUUCUUCGUUUUCUUUUUGUAGGUUGUUUAAACUAGAGAGAGAGAUAUAUAUAAUGUAUGAACGUUUGGUUUCCACUAAUGUUAUGUAUUCAUUAUCUUAAUGAAUUUCUUUUUUUUUAA